AUGAGCCCAAACGAGUUCGAGGCUGCUGGCCAGGAAGUUCGUCAGCAACCGAGGGCAUAUGCCGGUCGCAACAGGUAUGAUGCUCAAGAUGAGAAGUUAAUGGUUAAGGAAGACAAAAGAAAAGCGCAAGAGUGGCUGCUAGACCUACUUUUGGGCCUCAACAAGCAAAUGAAUCGCAUAGAGGCGUCACAUGAGAUGAAGGAGCGCCUGAAAAGCCUGGAGGCCAGCGUGUUCGGAAGGGAUACGUAUGCUGGCGUGCUCCAGCGUGGAUACGCUGAUGCAGCUGCCAACGUGAAAAUGGCACUGGUGCCGCAACCGGCGUUACCUCAGCAUGUGCAGCCACCAUCACUUUACAAUCGGUCGGUACCACAGCAGUUGAGCCUGGACCUCACUUGCAGCGUGUGCUAA